AUGGGAGAACUCUUGGUCAUAAUCUCAGAGAAGAAUGAUAUCGUUUAUCAAAGAAUGUACAGUAGAGCAAGCAACGAGGAAUACUGCAGGCUCAUCAUCCUUAUCUAUGGGUCCAUUGACAUACUGAUCUGGAAGAUGGCAUCCACAAGUUCCAAUUAUUUUGAUUGCCUGGAAAAACACGGCGAGAUGAGAAUCAGUGCGUACAUAAUGCCCUCUGGGUACAAACUUUUAUUCAUACACACUAGGAAGGAUGUCCGCCCUUUUUUGGAAGGCAUCCAUCGCAUGUUUGCACCAGUUCUCGUGUCGUCUUCAUUGUCAGAAGAUAUCCUAGGGGCCCAAGCCCUUGACUCUGGGGUUGACGAGGCCUAUAGAGCCUGUUUUAGCCCCUAA